AUGGCUACCUAUCUCUUAUUCCUUAUCAUAUCAGCUUCUGCAUUUUCCACGCUUAACGCUGAUUUGAGCAUCGACUGUGGAGAGUCUGAUAUUUACACUGAUGACUACUCCAUGGGUUGGGUUGGAGAUGAAAACUACAUUCAACAUGGCGAGGCAGUGGUGGUGCAAUCUAGCAAAUCAGUGUCUCAAGCCAUGACCACUCUGAGGGUAUUCACUGAUAGGAAGAAAAGCUGUUACUCCGUUGAUGCUAACAAGGGAUCUCAGGUUCUUGUCCGGGCGAGCUUUUUCUAUGGAAAUUAUGACAAGAAAUCGUCUCCCCCAAGUUUUGAUCUACUAUUCGAUGGGAAUCAUUGGGCCACGGUGGAGACUUCAAGUGACGAAGUUGUUUCCUAUGAGGUUAUUUAUGUCACAAAGAGGGACACCGUGAGUGUAUGUGUAGCUCAGACAUCUCCCAACAUGUUCCCCUUUAUAUCAGCUAUCGAAGUCCGGAGCUUAGACGAGAAAAUGUACGGCCAUAUUGAUUCGAAUUAUGCUUUGAUGUUAAGGAGGAGGGUUGCUUAUGGCACCAAAGAAAUAAUUAGGUAUAUCGAUGAUCUUUACGACAGAAUAUGGGUUCCAGCUAUCAAUGGAGGCGAUUUCACAGUGCUCACAAGUGAUGAAUCACUCAUUGAUGUUAGUUUAGACGAUAACCCUCCAGGAGCUGUGUUUAAAAAUGCAUUUGCCACUAACAACACUUCCACAUCCGUACGAUUAGGGACUAAUCUUCCCGCAACUGAAGUUCCUAUUUACAUGAACAUGUAUUUUUCGGAAGUUUCAGUGCUUGAUUCAACCCAGAGAAGAUCCUUUCAGCUUUACAUAGAUGGCAAGUCUACCUCAAACCCCUUUAUCCCAUCUUAUGGAAAAGCAGGAGAAAUGUACCUGACCAACUUCACUGCCUCUUCCAACACUAACUUCUCUUUGGUAGCCACAUCUGAUUCCACACAUCCUCCUCUUAUCAAUGCACUGGAAGUUUUUACUGUCAGUGAUGAGCUAACAUAUGGAACCAAUAGUGAUGAUGUGGAAGGAUUGGCCUCUUUGAAGGAUGAAUUUGUUGUACUGGGAGACUGGGGUGGUGACCCUUGCCUUCCUUCUCCAUAUUCAUGGGAUUGGAUCAACUGCACCUCUGCUUCCACACCCAGAGUAACUGCAUUGUAUCUCGGUAGCUUUGGUCUAUCUGGUUUUCUUCCUGAGUUUACCUCCAUGACCGCCCUCGAGAUAAUAGAUUUGCACAAUAACAGCCUAAGCGGGUCUAUCCCUGAAUUUCUUGGCACCUUGCCUAAUCUGAAACAAUUGAACUUGGCUGAUAAUGAGCUUAGUGGACCCAUUCCUUCCUCAAUAUCAAAGAAUACCAAGUUAAAAUUAGUUGUAACAGGCAAUCCAGAUUUGUGUGUCUCUGGCAAGUCAUGCAACACAGCCAACGCAGAUGUUGAUGACCCAACUUUCUCCUCAAGCAGGGGCAAGAAAAAGAAGAACAACCAACCUGUAAUACUUGGAACCGUAAUUCCAAUAUUUGUACUUCUCUGGGUAAUCGGAGGAGUUUUUGCCGUGCUUCGUCAUAAGAGAAACUUAGCAGGCAUCAUAGCCGCUAAUGCAGGGCAAGCAGGAGGAGCCAAUAGGCCUAAUGGCACCCCACGGGCAGCGAAUUUGCAAAUGCAAAUGCAGACGGCGGCUAACAAUAUGGCUCAAAGUUUAGUCAAUGAUUUUAGAGUGAACAUCCAGGAGCAGCCAUCAGCUCAAGAUCAGCCAGUUGAUCAAAACGAUCAACGAAAUCAACAGGAAGGCGGGUAUUGA